CAAAUGGCGGACGGAAGUAGAUGUCUCUUCUUGAAACUUUGAGCAACUUAUCAUGACUUUAGAAGCCGCUAUAAAAGUACUCAAACGCGCAGUUGAGCUCGAUGAYGACAAGAGCUUUUCAGAAGCCUUGGUUUGUUACCAAGAAGGCAUGGAAUUGCUUAUGAAUGUACUAAAAGAUACCAAAGACGAUAAUACAAGAAGGCYCUACAGGGAGCAAAUGAACUCAUAUUUAGAGCGAGCAACAAAGCUUAAGGAYUUCGUAAYCGAAAAGAAAAAAGCAGGAGAAUAUCACGAACAGAUUAAAAUCCCAGACGGAGCUGUAGGCUAUAGCUAUGCUAGGAUUUUCGGUCCUUACUUAGAUAAACAAGUUGAAGAAGUUGUUGUUGAGGAUCCUUACGUCAGAAGUGUUCAUCAGAUUUAUAAUUUCUUAAGACUUUGUGAACUGCUUGUGUUAAAAGGAAAAGUGCGCAUUAUCAGACUUUUGACAGGUCAAGACAAUGCCAGUCCACAAAACAUCAAAACCCAACAAGAUAGACUAAAUGAACUUGGCAAAAAUCUUGAAAAACAUAACAUUAAAUUUCAAGUGGAAUACUGCAACACAUUGCAUGACAGAGAAAUUCGCUUCAAUACUGGCUGGGUGAUAAAGAUUGGUCGAGGACUGGACUAUUUUAAACCACCAGAAGGGAAAUUUUGCAUUGGUUAUUGUGAUUAUAAUUUAAGACGAUGUCAUCAGACCGAUGUAGAUGUGUAUUUUAAAAGGAAAUAGUGCAUUGGUGGAUCCAGGGGGGGUUCCGAUCCAGGGGGGGUUCCAUGAGUUCCUAGGAACCCCCCUCAAGCAUAAAAAAAUAAAAAAUAAAAUAAAUGAUAAAUUGAAUAAAAUGAAAACGCAUCGUACAAUGAAAAAGUUCGUUUUAGGUAAAUGUGAAAACAAAGUGGAACUCCCCUUUGAAAAAUCCUGGAUCCGCCACUGUAGUGGUAGACUUAUUACAUAUUACAGACACUUCACAAAACCGUGGAGUGAAACUAUGACUUAUGGAAUCAGUCUAAGUCAUACUUGAUAGAGGGGAAUGGGUUUGGAAACGUUUGGUUGACUUCUUUCGUACAUCUUUUGUACGUAUUUUGAGGUUGAAUCAUUCUGAAGACUGUGUAAAAUGUUUUUUUCUUACCGACAAUGAAAAUUACAAAAUGAGUGAACAUAAACCCUUUCUAUGAGAUUAUGAAAUGAGAUAUUCCAAUAUUGGUUAAAAGUUUUUUAAGCACUUUGAAGAAAUAGUCAAAAGAAUAAUUUUCCCUCUGUUCAUUCAGAUGUGACCAGUAUGGCUAAAUCUAUAAGUCAAACAAAAGAUUGUGCACUGUCGUUCUUGGAAAAAAAAUGCACAAAAACCUACAACAAAUGGCUUCCUUAUAACCAUUCAUUUGGACCUUCAAGUCCAAGCAUGCCUCAGGGUGAAUUUCUAGACUGGGUUUCAUGUUGUGUCUGCAGUUUUCUAGCAUUUUUUCUCGCAGCUGUGUUGCACACAGRAUAUAUGAAUUAUUAUCAUUGUUUUGUCGAAUUUUAUUUAGAAGUAAAAUUAUAUUGUCCAUGGAAAAUCUUGAAAGUUCAUUACCUUGGGCUCCCUGUGUAUUAUCUUCCGUUCUAUUGCACUCCCCUUCCCCCCACAGUAUCAAUUUGCAUUAGUUUCACAGGACGCCGAUUAUCUGGGAAUGUGUCAAAACAGCUUUGGAUCUUGAAAAGAUAACAAGCUUUGUGGACUUUUCGUCGAUGGCAAAACUCUAGCUUUCUUUCAGCCGUCACAGUGAUAAAUUCAUGGACUACCACUGAUCAAGUGGCAAAGAGUUCCAGCUGAUUUUUGCGUCCUGCCGAUUUGCUAAUCAACAAAGAUGGCGAACCAGACAACAGGCAUUUUGAACCCAGGGUAUUCUUCAAGCCCUCCUCCAGGAAAAUCAGUUCUUAAAGAAGCAGUUGACGCUGUUGUAAAUUCUUUUGCUAAACAUGCUCAAGGAUUUGGAGGAGCUGUAAAUGUAGAAGAUGCACUUCAGGAGUUCUGGCAUAUGAAAAACUCAUCUCGUGCAAAUACUGUGAGAUACGAACAGGAGACAUUAGAUAAGCCUCCAUAUGUUUGCUUUGUAAUUCUGCCAGAAGGAAGUUGUUUUGGCAGCUUUCAGUCCUGUCCUACAAAAGCAGAAGCCAAGAGAAGUGCCGCUAAGAUUGCAUUGAUGAAUUCAGUAUUUAAUGAACAUCCAUCAAGG